AUGUUAGAGGUGCAACUCGACGAAGACAUACUGGUUUUGCUUAGUGAUGGACCUAAGACCGAGACACCAAUGGGUCCAGCAAUCCAUAAGGAUACAGCCAAUAGAUGGCAAGACAUACUUGAAAAGGGCGUGAAAGAAAGUCUUUUGAAGAAUUAUCUUAUAUUCUCCGAAUAUGACCUCCUGAUGGCACCACCUCUAAACUCUGGGGUUAAAGCAGCUGACAGAGACUUCUAUAAAACGAGACUUUUGUUCAAACAAAAGCAGCUAGGCGUCACCAUUGCAGCCCUAGGUGCUGUUGCCAAUAUCAUUUCGGAGGAAACGCAUUGUCGCAUUCUUUGCGAUACUCAUUUUAUGAAAUCAAGAACACGUAGAGGUUUCAUAAUUUUGUCUAUUAAUACUUACCCCCUCUACUUUCAGUACAACCAGCAACACCGGCCAUUUAAACUACCUAAACCAACAUCGCAAGGUACACAACAAAUUGCAGCCGCAAAUUUACAACACAAGGCGAGGGCAGCGGUCAACGCCGCGCCCGCGGGACGCACCUCAGCAGGCAGCCAGCACUUCACGCCGCCCGCCGACAAUCAAGCGGACGAUGUCUCGCCGGACGUAGACGAGGUACCAUUUUCGGGACAAUAUCAGUAUUUUGCCAGUAAAUAA